ACGCAAUCGGGCUGAAAUCGACUCUGAAAUAAUUGACGAAUUUUUAAAGAAACCAACGCUACGCUCAAAGUUGCGAACAGUACAUGAGGAUUCUAUUUAAACAGCAUCGCGAUGAAAUAUAGGCGGUAACUUCAGUUCUCUCAUUUAGCAACACAUGUUCGGUAGAGAUGGCAGAGUCUGCUGAAAAACCAGAUGUUAAGAAGUUGGCUGAAAAAUUAGAUCAGGAUAUUGAUGAAUUCAUUGACAAUCUCCCAAAGUCAAAAUAUAAAGAUGGAUUUUCGGAAGACAACUGGCAGGAGGAAUUUGACAAGAUACCGUUGUUUAUGACCGAGGCUCCAGAGAAUAUAGAAGAUUGUCCCCAGCUUGAAGCCCUUCAGCAAAUCAAGUUUGCCUCCGAGGAGAGUACAAGAGAAGAUGAUGCCCUGAUGCACAAAGAUGAUGGUAACCAGUGGUUUAAGAAGAAGAUGUACAAACAGGCAGUCAAGGCUUACGCUGAAGGUAUCAAACAGAAGUGUGCCGACAAAGACAUCAACGCUGUCCUCUACACUAACCGUGCUGCAGCUCACUUUCAUCUCGGAAAUCACAGAUCUUCACUAAAUGACGCCAAGGAGGCAUUGAACCUCAAACCUGACCAUGUAAAGGCCGUCAAUCGAGCCAUUGACUCCUGCAUGCAACUCAAAGAAUAUGGAGAAGCUGUUCAAUGGUGUGACAAGGGACUCCAAAUGCAACCCAGUGAUAAGAAGAUUCUGGAUCUGAGGGUACAAUCAGCAAAACUCAAGAAAUCAGCUGACAAAGAGAAGAGGAAAAAGCAGCUAGAGGAGAAAAAGCAGAGAGCUGCAGAAGAGAAACUGAUUGCUGCCUUGAAAACGAGGAAUCUUCGCUUUCUCAGUGACCCUGUAGAUGGAGAGGACGGAGACCCUGACGAACAAGCCAAGGCUUUCGUUACCUCUCUGCAAUCCAACGAACCCUCGGGGCGUAGCAUGGUCAACCUGGACAAUGAGGGCGUGCUUCAUUGGCCUGUCAGGUUUCUCUAUCCAGAGCAUGGCCAUAGUGAUCUUGUCUCGGCAUUCAAUGAAGAUACGAGGUUUCUAGACCACCUUGAGGUGAUGUUUUCAUUGGAAGAAGCGCCUCCUGAAUGGGAUCCUGAGAGAAAAUACCAGGUCAAAAAUCUCAAGGUUUAUUUUGAAGAUUAUGAUGCAGGAAAACUGGUCGAAUUGAAAGCAGAUCCACCACUGAAAACAGCAUUACAACAUCCAAGGUAUCAGAUAGUUGGUGGGGUACCUACAUUCUUUAUCCUGUCAACAGCAACACCAUAUCAUGAACAGUUUCUAAAGAAGUACUCAAAAUGAGCCAGGUCUUGUACUUCCAUAAACUCAACAUCACCAGUGAAUCACUUCUUGCUAAAUCUGGUUCAAACUGGUUCAAACUGGUUCAAACUGCAAA